AGGAGUGGAGUCAGCCUUCUUCUGCUCCUGUUUGGUCUCCCCGCUGGAGGUCAGCGUGUGGAGGAACUGGCUCCUUGCUGGUUCAACCCUUCACACCAUCUUCAUUCUUAGCUCCUCACUGCUGCUCUCUGCUUACCUCUUCACUCCCCAUCACUCAUUCCUUCCUUCCUAUCUCGAUUCCCAGCCUCGUUCUUGGUGAGCUCGGAUAAACACGUUCGGAUGAACACUUAAGUACCUGGCCUCCCAUUUUCUUGACCUUUUUCCAUCUCUACUCCACUGGUAGCCCCAUUUUACACCCUGAACUUGAUCAUCCCCACGCUGUGCACCACCUCUACACUUCGUUCUUUGAUCACUGUUUCUUUCCCUUCCAGUUCAUUUGCUCAGGUAAACCUGGACCACACUGCUUGAACAUGAGGCAGCCCCUCUGAUGACCCGUGACUUUGUCACUGCCUGUCAGCCCAUCUGUUUUAUCCACCCUAUACGUCACCAUCUACCAUUAUGAUCCCAACCUUACGAAUAUGCUGAGGUCUCCUGCUUCUUCUGCCACCAUAACUCACCUAGCAAAACCUCCAUUCCCAGAAAAUACCACAGGAAAUACCACAGGAAACGCAAGCGAGAAAACGACAGCUAUCACCCUAGCCUCCCAGAAAGAAUCCAGCAGUACCACUCCUCUGACAACAGUCACACAAAAUGCAACCCUGACUUCCAGUGUGACAUCCAGUGUGACAUCCACUGUGACUACAACGCUGACUGGCGUACUCACGCCUAAAACACCUGUCACAAGUGCGGUAACAACCUCAGCCCAGAAAAACACAAUUGCCACAGCCAGUAACACUCCUCUUGUAACUACUAAAGAUCCUACAACCGCAUCAACCACUGACUCAACAGAUCCUAAAAACAUGAGCAGCCAGAAUGCAAGUAAUGAUCCACUCACAUCCAGAAUCCCAACUACCCACAGUGUGACCACAGACAGCGUGACGGCUAAGGAAGGCAGUCAGAUAAUGUCCACAUCUCCAGAUCCGAAUAUCACCCGAGGCAUCUCUCCUACUCUGUCUUCCUUGACCAACCUUGAAAGCACUCAGCAGCCUAGCAGGGGCCCUGUGACUUUGGCCCCCGGGACUUCAGAGCCCACAGGAAGCCCCCCGGAGGAAUCAAACAAAAUGAAUGUAACUACAAGUUCAGGCAGGAUGACAAGUCCCACCUUCACAGCUCAGGUGGCCACACUGAAACCACAGGUCACCAUCAAAGGAACUCAACACACCUCCAGGGAGACGCCAGCUGUCACUGUCAGCACUGGAGCUCAGCAACCUACAGGCUCUUCACUGGGACCUGGGACCACAUCUCUUGUCAGGAGAUCCACCAUCUCCAGCACUCAGUUGACAUCAAAUGCCCCCCAAAGCUCCAGCACCCAUUCUCCCACCUCAGUUAUUCCAACAAAUAUAGGGCAGAUCCAGUGCCAUCCUCAUGAAAAGCUGAAUGGGAGCAAACUCUCCCUGAACAUUUCCGGAGCCAACAGCUGUAAUACAGUUGCUUCAAAUCACAGACUGGUCGAGGUAUUGUGCCAAGCUGUAAAACCCUCCUUCAACAAAACUCAAGAUGAGUGCCAUAUAGAGAUGGCUCCUGGUUCACAUGCCCAGGAAGUGGACAUCAAACACAUUACUAUCAUCACAAAGCUCCAUCCCACGGACAUUUAUAAAUCACUGAAAGACGACUGGGACAAGCUAGAAGACGUGGGCGUCAGAGACAUGCAGUUUGAGGGUCAAGGGCCACCAGAAGAGAUGGAGGACCGGUUCAGCAUGCCCCUGAUCAUCACUAUUGUCUGCAUGGCAUCCUUCUUGCUCCUGGUGGCGGCCCUCUAUGGCUGCUGCCACCAGCGCCUCUCCCAUAGGAAGGACCAGCAACGACUAACAGAGGAGCUACAGACAGUGGAGAAUGGUUACCAUGACAAUCCAACACUGGAAGUGAUGGAGACCUCAUCAGAGAUGCAGGAGAAGAAGGUGGCGAACCUCAAUGGGGAGCUGGGGGACAGCUGGAUCGUGCCUCUGGACAACCUGACCAAAGAUGACCCUGAAGAGGAAGACACACACCUCUAAUCGGGGCUGCCAGCGGUCUCCAACGGUGCAGAGCUCCAGUCCAACCACCUCAAGUGCCGCUUGUGAGGGGAGGAGGAAGAUCCUUCCCCUUAGAGGGAAAGACUGGGGUAGGAGAGCAGACUCGGAGGGUCCCCUCCUCCCAGUCCCCACAGGCCUUAAUUUUUCCCUUUUCAAGCUGAACAAAUCACAUUCUGUGUAGAAUCCUCUUGUAGAAUAACCCACUAGUGCCUGAGCGCAGUGCUGCUGGGAGAACAGGAAAGAGCCAUAGAAGGGACUUUUCAAGACCAUCUACUAGCCUCCAUUCACAGACAAGAUGACUGAGGCCUAAAGAGGGUAAAGUCAAAGUCACACAGCCACUGGGUGACACGUCGGAAUGAAAACAGAGAUCCUUCAUUCAGUCCAGUGCCCGUUCCCACCACACCACGCUGCUGCAUCACCCGUGCCCUCCCUCCAGAGCGACCCUGGGCAGGGGUGGGAGCGGCCCAUCAGUGGAUGGGCGGGAGGGCAGAGCGGGGCCGGAUCCUGCCUCCGUGGGGUCUGGCUCCUUGAAAAGACAGGUCCCGUUCCUGUCUGAUGGUCUUGUCUUCCUGCCUGUGUUCCUGUCCUUUGUUCUCCUCCCUCCCUUCAUUCAGGUUUUUCAUCCUCACUCUGGUCCAGGGCCUCUGGGACUAACAGAGGUCAUUCAUGACCUUCAGUCUCUUGUUCUGGAGUCUAGUUUCCUGGUGUCUGCUUAUGAGAUCGGGACUGACAGAGCACACAAGACUCCCCCUGUGAACACGUCUGCCCACCGGCCAUCUACAGAUGAAGAGAGAAAGGGAAGCCCCUCUUUCCAGGAUGGGUCCCCACCCACCCCAAGGCUCCCCAAGUGCUGCCUGGCCUCCCACUCCCACGGGGACUAAAAUCUGCAGCAGCUACUGAAGGCAAGAUGUUUCCUGUUUCCUUGUCGCUGCUCAGCUGACGCAAUAGAGAGGAGACCCCAGCCCGGUCAUCCCCCUGAGGUUCAACAUGAAUGAGCAGCUUUAGGACAGAGCUUCCUCAGGCCCGGUAAGCAGAGAGGUGUCUGAACAGACAAUCGACUGAAACAACAGGAAGGACAGGCUUUACUUUACAUUUCAUAGGACACCCAGGGGCUUUGCAAGUUGCCGAGAGUUUUCUCCUUUAAUCCAGCCCUCUACUGCCAAAGGCCAAAGCUCAAAUCAUUGAGAUGCUUGAAGAUUCCAGUCUUCUGUGCACAGGGCAAGAAGAGCCUGGAGGUGAGGUGCGCUUCAAGCUGAGUCAGGAGCAGCCAGCCUGAGUGGAAUUCCAGCGACCUUUCACUGUCGGGCACGGAGCUAGGCCGUGCUGUGCGCCCUCAGUAUUCCUAGUGGGGCUGGCUGCCCGGCGCUCCUGCAGGUUCUGGUGGCAUCUCAGGGAAGCACAAUGCCGACCGUUGCCCAGUGGAGGGGUUUGGAGGGAGCUUAGCAGGUAGCAGCUGCAUAGACGGCACCGGAGGACUGAGCACAGCGAGGUUUCACCUGAUUUUCUGAUUUCACCUGAUUACUGCGUGGAAUUUUAAACUGCCCACGUCUCUCUGUUGCUGGGCAUAACGCCCCUAGAUCCUACUAGGAAGAUGCUUCAGAGGAUGAAAACGGUCACUUGGCCUAGGCUGCAAUAGAUCUGAUAGAAUAGGCUGUCUGCUUUGGGAUAGGUUAUUUUUUUUAAAGGAGAGGAUCUUAGGGGGACAAUCUGUGUCUUUCCUUGGCCAUCUAAUUCCCCCUUCAUAGUCUUUAGCCAUUUGAUACCAAGGGGAAGAGGAAGGCCAGAGGUUCAAGUAGGGCCCCCAGUGAGUUUCCCACAAGCUAGAAAGAUGCUAAGGUAACAAAGAUCCUGAAGUAUUUGCCCUGAUUCUUCCCUGUUUGGAGGCUGGCAGGAUGGAGAAUACCGGUUUGGGGGGAAAUAGAGGAAAAUGCCAGAGAAGGCAAUGGUACCUGACUCCAGUACUCUUGCCUGGAAAAUCCCAUGGAUGGA